AUGACGCUCACAUUCUCCUCGGAUUUCCGCUCUGAACUGGCCAGAGUAGCUCAUUUCGUGCAGUUGAUCAAUUAUAUCCCGAUGGUUCAAGUCGACUUCACCAGUCUCACCUUCGCAUUGCAGGAGGGUGAGUCCAUGUCACAGUUGUAUGAUGCCUUUGCGGAGUUCUGCAGGAACCUUGCCACAUUGGACUGUGUGGGCUUGACCCUAGGCUAUGACAUUGAGGCGUUUGAGCAAGUCUUCUCAUCAUCGACAACGUCCUUUGCACCAGCACAUCUCACAUCCCUAUAUGCUGUCACCAUUCCACGUCAGCCGCAGAAAAUGCUCGACUGGCUCCUUCAUUCCCUCAACAAUUCUCCUGUUCACGUCAUUGUGAUAGAUGGGGCACUCGAAGCCAUCCUUGCAGACGCAACCUUGCCACAGUUAACUGCCUUUACCUGUCUUUAUGCCCCAGAUGGCAUGGAAACGACAGUUGGUAUGGUGGAAUUUCUGGGAUGUCACCCGUCUCUGACUACCAUCAUCCUGGGUGCUCGGUCAUUCAGGCGCCAAGAUGUAGAACUGGUUAGGCCGGCUCUACGCCCUUUUCCCAUGCUUGAGAGCAUUACGGCCUCCCUGGAUGUGUUAAAUGUCAUCCUGGGCAUACCCUCGCUGUUCCCGGCUAUGCAUGAGAUAUGUAUCCAAGGCCCUGUGUUAGACCCUCUUCAGGGAACUCGGGAGGAAUGUUUUCUCAUGCUCUCCGCUCUCCUCAUCCUGAUAUCACAAACACCUGUGGUGUCUACUUUAAAGGUCCCCUUCUUGAAUGGCUUUGAUCACUUGGCCUGGAAUUCAUUCAUGCCUGUGGGAUGGCGUCCGGAGGCUUUCCUUACCAAGAUAACGAAAUUGGUGUUUUAUGGGAUGUCACUUCGGCAGAUCAGGCCAGGCCUUGAGGAGCCCCUCAACCUAAUUUGCAUGACAUCAUAUUUUCAUUCGGUCGAGGAGGUGGUUGUGGAGGACGAGAGCUUUUCUACUGAGGACGAGUGGCUGAAAGACUUGUGUAGUGCAUGCCCCAUGGUGUCUCAUCUGGUGAUCAACUCAGAUGAGCAUAAUUUUGUAACUGAAUUUUCAUUUUCGUAUAACCAACCCAUAUCACGUGAUGACUGGUUGCAUAUCACACGUAUACUCCAAUGUCUGUCUCAGUCUCACUGUCAAGAGCAAUUCGAGAGCCAGGCCUGGUCCUUGCAUGGUGAUUUGUCUAGCACAUUCAUUCCGCACCCACCAUGCUCAACUCAGUACAACAGGUCAGCUAAAUGUUUAUUCCAAAAGUUAAUUGGUUGUCAUCCGCGCAAGGAAAUAACAGGCAGUACGGAAGCCUUGAUAAAUGCAUCUCUUGGCGAAUAUCAGCUUUUACCUUUGCAAGCCUGCCUGGAGCAAGCAUUCUUUGCAUGGGGUUCCGUUUUAUCACUUCCUGUGUCAGUGAGGUGGCUUCCUCGGGAAACCAGCGGGGUCUAUCAUGGCAAAGCCAAUCGACGGCAGUGGCCUGCAGAAGCGCCUGGUUCUUGUUCACCCCAGUUGACCCAACCCAUCCUGUUCCCAUUACCGGAUGUCUGCAGUAGGACUGUUCCUUUCCUAACAUACACAAUGGCUAACAUGGCAUACAGCGGUGCAGAUCAGAGUUGUCAGCAUUUGUGGUUUCUGAUGAGCACGAUGGCUCAGGCAUGGAGUAUAUUGGGCAUGGAAGAUAACACACUGGAAUUACAAGUUGACCAAAAAACGGACAUGAACUUGCAAGUCAUAGAAUUGGCAUCCAUGGUGCCCCACCUCACUCUCGAUGAUGCGGUGGGUUUGUUAGAUCUGCCCAAUGAAAUCAUCCUCGCAAUUUUGCAUGACGUCGACCUGAAUGAUUUGGUGUCAUUGGCAUGGCUUAGUCAACGUCUGAACCUUCUGGCACUGAACAUGUACCUGGAACGCUGCCAGAAGGUAUCGGACUCGAUCGGGUCUUUUGGAGGACCAGGCAGGGCUUUCUCUUUCCUAUGCGUGCUCCGAUUGUGUUUCUUCAAUCGGCCCCAAAUCACAUCAAUGUCGCUACAUUUCUCUGGAAACUUUCAUGCCGAGAUGGAAGAGGUCCGACAUUAUGUCGAGCUUGUAGGUCCUGUGCCUCUGUACGUCGACAUCAGCAAAAUCUGCUUGAAUGUGGCGGGAGGACCUCAGUUCGAUAUCUACCGGAAAGCAACAGAGCUAGAGGAGUUUUGCCAUCUUCUACCUAGCCAGGACUGCCGUUCGCUCACUUGCUCGAGUAUUCGGUUGCCCAGUCAUUCGGCAAAGUUACUGGACUGGCUCAUCAGGUCCAUGAAUGCAUCACCUCUGCACACCAUAGUCCUUGAGUGGCUGACCGAGCAGGUGCUGGAGCGGCUGCGCCUACCUCAUUUACGGAACAUGACAUGCAUUGAUCGCAUAGAUCAUGACAUCUCUUUGGCACUGCUAGGGUUUUUUUUGAAUCGUCAUCCAGUGCUGGAGACGCUCAGCAUUCUAGGGCAUUCCUUGUAUGUGGAUGAUCAUAGGCUCUUGCAAAGUAUCCUCCAGCCCAUGCCUCAUCUCACAAGCCUUUCGGCGAACUUAAAUGUUCUGGGCGCUUUCUUUGGGUGCUGGGGUUGUUUUCCAGCGCUGGAAGACAUUGGAAUAGAGGGUCCACUGACAGGGAUGUCAGGCUGGUUCUAUAUAGCGCACACUGCAGUGCAGCACAACUAUGUUCGAGACACAUUCACAUGCCUAGCAGCAGUCCUUGCCCUCAUAUCAACUAUCAGGAGCAUAAUGUCCCUGAGACUUCCCUUCCUUUCAAACUUUGAAGGGAAUGCUUGGAACAUGUGCAUCUUCGGCAAAGAUGAUGCUGACCCAGAUGCGGUAGUUCCCCUCCCGACGAAUAGCCACCCAACAACUCCAGGCCAAUGUCCCGAGUCACUUUUGACUCGCAUCGAUACAGUCACUUUGUUCUCAGUGGAGGGACAUCCUCUGAGGAGAGACUGUUCAUUCGAUAUAGCCUGA